UUACCUCAGGUGCAGCUUCACUCGGGAAGAGAACUUGUCAUCGAUUGUAAUGAGAAAUGGUGAAUGCCUUUCUAUGCAUUUAUAAGAAUGUAAACACAAUGGAGAUAGGAGGCAGAAGAACAGCUUCUUCACUGGACAAACCAGUCUUCCAAUUUAUGUUUGUUCCAGUCUAGUAACCAUUAUGAAACACAGCCUGUGAUCACAUUUAUAAAUACUUUAAUUAAACCACUGGACAAGUUAAAGUGCUUUAUUGAUUUUCAUAAGUGGCUUCAGAUAAGUGCUUGAACUAGGAAGGAUUAAAAUCUGCUUUAGUUCCUCAGUCUAUGUUGUUUGCAUUAUAAAUGCAAUAAUGUUUACUGUACUGCUUUAUGCCUCUUGUGAACUAGAAACUACUAUUAUUAUAGAAACUCUUAACUGAAAAUACUAAAGUUAAGUAAAUGCUCAAAAUAUUGUGUAUGUACAUUGGAAAAUUGUUAUUACAAAGUACAUGUAACAUUAUUUUACUACAAAUUGUCGUUAUCAUUGUAAGUAGAUGUCUGCUGCUUCCCAGAUUGUGAAAAAAUCCCACAUUGCAUUUUUUGAAAUUUGGAAGUUAACUCAAACUGUUGGUGAUUUUACAAAUUGGAACUGGACUGAAAGGCAAGUGAGAUAUGGAUCUUUGAAGCUGUCAUUUUAAGAUACACAAUGGGAAAUUAACAGAUCUGAAUGAUUGAGAUUAUUUUUGUGUAUGAGAUAAAUAAUGAAGACAGUGAAAUAUUCCCCACUGUAAAGUUUAGAUAUGUACUGAAGUGUUGGUUAUCUCGUAGAAAAAAUUAACAAGAUGGUUGAAUUGACCAAUGUCUGUUUCAUUGUGGUGACUAUAAUUGCUUUGGUUACUCAAGUAAUUGUACCAAUUGUCAAAGGACCCUUGUCCCAGCUUCAGCCAGAACUUGCUGCAUGGUUACAAGAACAAGCCCUUGAAAAACAUGCAGGACUCUUUGUUGAUGCAGGAGUAUGGAGACUUGUGGACGUUGUAGAGAUGGGUCCCCUGCGAGGUCUCCCUUUGGUGGAACAAGAACGGACAACUGCGGCUGUAUUUGACCUCAAGCAGCGCCUUAUCCUCAGUCAUUUCCUGAAGAAACAUGGAACUGAAACUGGGUUACCAAGGCUGGAGACUUUAGGCAUACGUACUCUCAAGGAGGCGGUGUACAUGGUGGACGCUUUUCCCCUUGAGUUUAAUGAUGAUGAUCGACUCAAUACUCUUCUUCACAGCCUUCCUAGAGAUAAAAAGGAGUUGGAUAUGUUAUCUGAGGAAAUCUGGACAGAAAUUGCAAAGAUGUACCACCUGCCAAGUGCCAGAGGAUGGAGCCUUUCUCUUGGUGAGUACACUACCUGUACUAUAUUGUAUUGCUAUACAAAAUGUAGUAAGAUGAGUUACAGCAUUGUGCCAUAUGAAAUUCCUGGUUCUUUGUUUGCAUAGUAUGAACAGCUGACCAGCCAGGGAAGGAGCUGUUUAUGUAAUAUGAAAUCAAGUUUUGUACAGUAUCUAUGUGUUACUGUAUGUUUUAUGUGUGAUAUUUAGUGUUUAUUAAAGUCUUGUGUUCCCAAACUAGA